AGGCUGGAGUUGUCCAGGCACUCGCACUCCCAAUUUUGAGGAAGAAAGGAGAGAGAGGAGGAGGCAACACUCAAGAACUCCUAAGCAAGAAUUCUUUUUAAGAUAUGUGGAUUCCCAGGAACUGAACUGUAAAACGCCCUGUUUUCCAGCUUUUUUCACCUCCCCUGGAAUGACAAAGGUGGACUGAUGGAUGUUUCCGAACUGUGCAUCCCUGACCCCCUCUGCUACCAUAACCAGUUGCUAAACAGAAUGCCCGCAGAAGAGCGGCACCUCACCUCCAGCUGUGGGUCCUAUGUUAAAACAGAGCCCUCCAGUCCGUCCUCGUCUCUGGUGGACACAGGCAGUCACCACAGUCCCAGCGGAAACUCGGACGCCAGCGGAGGCUACAUCAACGGCAGCAGCGGUCGCUCCCACGCAUUGGACUCUCCGCCCAUGUUCAACCCGGGCAUGCUAGGAGCUGGGGGGGCCUGUCUGCGCCGCUACGAGGAGUGUGCGGUGGGCGUGGUGGACGAUUCACCCAUUAAGUGCGAGUACAUGCUCAAUGCCAUCCCCAAGAGGCUGUGCCUGGUGUGUGGGGACAUCGCCUCAGGCUACCACUACGGCGUGGCCUCCUGUGAGGCCUGCAAAGCUUUCUUCAAAAGAACAAUACAAGGGAAUAUUGAGUACAGCUGUCCGGCCACCAACGAAUGUGAGAUCACCAAGAGGAGACGCAAGUCGUGCCAGGCCUGUCGCUUCAUGAAGUGUCUCAAAGUCGGCAUGCUCAAAGAAGGGGUUCGCUUGGACCGGGUGCGAGGCGGGCGACAAAAGUACAAAAGAAGAUUGGACGCAGAGAAUGGCACCUACCUCGGUCUGAAUAUUCCCCCUCCCGCUAAAAAACCAUUGACAAAGAUCGUGUCUCAUCUUUUGGUGGUGGAGCCGGAGAAAAUCUAUGCUAUGCCGGACCCCGCGAUGCCCGACGGAGACAUCAAGGCUCUGACCACUCUGUGUGACCUGGCUGACCGCGAGCUGGUGGUCAUCAUCGGCUGGGCUAAACAUAUCCCAGGGUUUUCCACGUUGUCCUUGGCCGAUCAGAUGAGCCUUCUGCAGAGUGCCUGGAUGGAGAUCUUGGUUUUGAGUAUCGUGUUCCGGUCGCUCCUGUGUGAGGAGGAGAUCGUCUAUGCGGAGGACUAUGUGGUGGAUGAGGAGCAGGCCAGGAUCUCCGGUCUGUUGGAUCUUCAUGUCGCCAUCUUGCCGUUGGUCAGACGCUACAAGAAGUUACGCAUGGAGAAGGAGGAGUUUGUAACGCUCAAAGCCAUUGCGCUCGCCAACUCAGAUUCGAUGCAUAUAGAGAACAUUGAGGCCGUACAGAGGCUGCAGGACUCCCUCCAUGAGGCCCUUCAGGAUCUGGAGGCGUCCCAGCAUCCAGAGGACCCUCGGCGAGCGGGCAAGCUGCUAAUGACCCUGCCCCUUCUCCGGCAGACCGCUACCAAGGCCGUGCAGCACUUUUACAGCAUCAAAAUGCAGGGCAAAGUCCCCAUGCACAAACUCUUCCUGGAGAUGCUGGAGGCCAAGGCCUGACAUGCACUGAACGACAAGAGUUUGACGGACAGCUGCAUCGGCCAAUCAGAGGCAAGAGACAGCGAAUAGAAAAAAGAGCUGGUGUGCCAAUUCACAAUGAAAGUUAAAGUGUGGGAAUUAUUGAAAACAUAAAGGGACUAAAGAAAUAUCAAGGGUAAUGUGUAUAUAAAAUGCUGUGUACAGAAAUCCAGCGACUGUGGUCCUAUUAUAACUAACGACCCUUCGCUCUAUAUCAGCUUGAAUUUUCUUAUCUUAUUUUCAUCUCCAACACAGUAUGUGUUAAUAUUAAUGUAAACAUUUGGUAACCCUUGUUUCAUAAUGUUUUAAUCUCAGUCGUUGAAGCAAUAGUCUCUAACUGAUCAUAAUAGGUGUAUUGUAUAUUGUGUGAAAUUGCACUGAGUUUGGGAGGAAAGUGUCACUGACAUAUUCUUAUGUUUGUCAUCAGAGAAGCAUUCUCAAUUUCCUCACGAUAUUUACCUCAUUGUAGCUUCAUCGACUCAGCGGUUGUAGUCAACUUGGUGCUUACAGAUGGGAAGUGGUUGGCUAGUGAUCAGAGUUUGCACUAGAAAUCUAUGAAUAACAUGGCAAUAAUGAGGAAGUCUAAUUCUGAAUUUUAAUUUUUGUGUUUGACUCCUGGACACUAGGAAAUACAAAAUGUGGAAGUGACUCAGCCGAGUCGACUUUUACCUAGACAUCUACCUAGUCGCAGUAAAUCCUAUUAAAUACUAUAUUGUAUUGAUUGCCCCAAAAUCCAAUGCAAUAAUCCGCAAUAAAUGUAGCAACUGUGAAAAUGUGCAAAGUUUGUCA